AUGACACGGCCCAGAGAGGUAGUGUACAUGGCAAAUAGGAGGGGCCCCAGCACCGACCCUUGGGCCACCCCUGUGGAGAGAGACGACUACAGUUUCCCCAGCAACUACCCAGGCAGCAGCCACAGAGACAACCACUACCAUGGCAACAACUACAACUACACAGAGUCCAGCCACAGCUGCAGCAACUACCACAACCACAGUAGCAGCUACAGAGGGUUCAAUCACAACUACCACGGUUGCCCCAACAACAACAACUACCACGUGUACUCCCAUUUACAGUCCAGCAUUCGUUAUCGUCAGGCCAACACUGAGGCAGAAAUUCAGGUGGAGUUUGACCAGAACGCCCCUGAGAAUGCCCCAACCAGUUCUGAUGUGGCGCUAGCCAUCAAGCAGGAAGCCUCAAGCACCUCCAACCCCAUUGAUGUGGACUUGAACAACAUCGAAGUCACCCGUGCCCCUCAGGUGAUGUCCAAUGCCCAGUUCACCACCAGUGAGAAUUUUGUUCUCUCCCUCCUGUCGAUCAACUCCACAUCUUACCGCAACAGGGCUGCCCUCAUCAAGGAGGAGCUUGAGCCAUUUUUCCAUGAGGACUACUCACCAGACUUCAUCUGCCUCACCCCAGAGACUUUCAGUGUUGGAACCGUGCAUUCCAACUCCAUUUUGCACCAGUCAGAGCUGCACUUUACCUACAACGCCACCCUGCCCAGUGCCACAGACGUCUACAACACCAUGCUGAGGGCAGCCAGGAGCGGCAAGCUGAGCAUCAACAUCAUCUCAGUCGAUGGAAAAGAUGUCAGUGCUUCGUCCUCUGGUGAUGUCAGCAGCAAGAUCAGCCUCUUCACCACCUGCUGCUUGACUCUGCUCUCUCUGCUGUUGAUUCGGCCCUGGUAGAAGCUGCUGAUUGGUCCAUAGCUACUGGCCUUCUCAUUGUUCAGUGGCACCUGCACAUCCUUCUUCGGCUCUGUGCCCUGUCAAAUGUAUGACGGAAGACUCCGGAACAGAAGAAACAGAGUGACUGAUGUAACAUGCUUACAACAUAUUUGUAAGGCCUGCUGUAUCAAACCAAUGUCAUACUGUAGAAGUGUUAAUUUUAUAUUUAUUUUGACAAAACUGUGUUUUGUUCUGUUUUGAUGCUGCAGCACCUUGGAAAUUGAGUGUAUAAAUACUGUACUAUAUACUUUAUUACACAUUUAUUUGAAGUAUGUCUGACACUUUUUUAUGCACCUCUUUGUUAGAUAAUGACAAAGACAAUGUUGUUUUUAAUGAUGGCUUUUAGUUGAAUGUGCCCGGAUGCAUAUUACACUUGUGUUAAUAUAUUAACUUGAUUAUUUAUUUAUGAUCAUAAUUUAUUACCUGAAGUAUUAUACAUCUUAUUUUGAAUGUUAAAUAAUGCACCAUUUUAAUAUUGUUCCCACUAUAUAAGUGCUGGUUGCACUUGAAAAAGGACGAAGGUC